CAGCGAGGCCGCGUCCUUCAGACCCAGACACAUCACACUCAGCAAUAGCGCCGGUACACAUAUACAUACAAACCAUCAUCAAACUACUAUCACAAUGGCUCUUCCCACCACCAUGAAGGUCGUCCACCAACCGGACCCUCACUCAACCUCACUCGUCCUCGAGGAAUCCCCCCUCCCAUCCCCAACCCCUCCCCACAACUAUCUCAUCCGCGUCCUCGCCGCCUCGCCAUGCCUCAACGAGCUAAACUGGGAAGCCUGGUUCCCGGACUUCUUCCCCGAGAACCGCGAGCGCGUCCCCUGCACCGAGUGCUCCGGCGUCGUCGUCAGCGCCGUGGCCCCCGACGACGGCGAGCCGGCCUUCCUCCCCGGCGACGAGGUCUUCUUCCGCGCCUCGCCCUCCAGCACGGGCUCGCUGCGCGAGUACACCGUCGCGCAGGGCGCCUGGAUGGCCCGCAAGCCGGCGCGCCUGGACUGGGCCGAGGCGGCGGCCACGCCGCUCAGCUCGCUCACCGCGUACCAGGGGUUGUUUGAGCAUGGCGGCGUGGAUAGGGCGGCGCUGAGGGGGGAUGAGGACGCUCGUGAGGGGAACUCGGGGCUGCGGGUCUUGGUCGCGGGCGCGGGGGGUGGGGUAGGGAGUUGGGCUGUCCAGCUUGCUGUCGCGGCCGGGGUGGGCUCUGUGGUGGCGGUGUGUGGGCCGUCCAAGGUUGCGGAUGUGGCGAAGCUGGGCCCGGCUGGGCAGCUUGAGGUCGUCGACUAUAGUGUCCAGUCCCUGGAGAGUUGGGCGUCGGGGCGCGAGGCCGACUGUGAUCUUGUGCUGGACUGCGCCGGCGGGGCGACGCUGGCGGCGUGCUGGGCCGCGGUCAGGGAGGGCGGGAGGCUGUUCAGCGUCGUGGCGGGGCCGGACGAGGCGAGACCCGAGGCAUACGUGGGGAAGAAGCUGGCUAGGAGCGAGUUCUUCCUCGUCCGGCCUGAUGGGACCGACCUCGCGGAUGUGGCGAGGCUGGUGGAUGAGGGGAGGUGCUUCCCCUGGGUGGACAGCGUGUUUGAGUUUGCGGAUUUUGAGAAGGCGUUCAAGAAGGUUGAGGGGAAGGGCUGCAAGGGGAAGGUCGUGAUCAAGGUUGCGGCGCAGUAGGAGGCCUUUCUAUGUGAAGAUGGGAUAUGUAUACAAAAGCUACUGGUACCAAUAUAUACCAUAUAAAAGGUAGUUCUCAGGGGCAUCUCAACUCUUCCAUAAUCAGCAUCAAACUCGUCCAUAUUCGCAUUUCCGCUUUCCACCUAAGCCUGCCGACCAAGGUUCCUUCUCUUGGAGGUCCUCG